UUUAGUGUUGGGAAAAAUUUCUUACUAGGAUGACACUGUGAUUCAGACUGUUAAUCUUUACCAAUCUUUGCUACUUCCCGGUCCACAGCAGACUUUUCCUUCUCUCAUGUUUUCCUCAUUCAUCAACUCUUCACACCGUCACAGUAUUUAGUACAGUAAACCUCGGAUACAUCGGACUCGGAUAUAUCGGAAAUUCGCUCACAACGGACAGAUAAAAAAGAACCAAUUUUUCUGUAAUGCAUUUCCAAUAAAAAUUCAUUGCAUAUAUCGGAUUUUUUAUAACGGAUUUCGCCUAUUUCGGACAAAAUCUCCAGUCCCGUUCCAAUGCAUUUCCAUGAAAUUUCCCUCGCAUAUAUCGGAUGGCCGCAUCGUGGCGCUCCGAUUCGCCGAAUCGUGACAGGCCGCUAUACGACGUCAUUUGCAGCGUUGCCUGGUACAUUGGAAAAAUAGUCAAGGAAGUGCCUUUUUAUAACGGAUAAAAUCCGAUUUACGCAUAUACCAGAUAUAAAUCCGAUAUAUGCGUAAAACUGACAUUUUCCGGUAUACGCAUAUAACGGAUUUCGCUUAUAUCGGACAAAACCAGUGGGAACAAUUGAAUCCGAUAUAUCCGAGGUUUACUGUAUUUGAGCAUUUAAAAGUAAUAUUUAAAGUCAUUUACUUAGUCUUGCAUUUAAUUUGAACAAACGACAGCGUGCUUAUUGUUCAUGUUAGCAAACACCGCAGGAUGCGUCCCCUCCUGUGAGGCAGAAAGGCAACAUUAUAACACUACCGUGCUUCCAUAUGAGCCCCACAGCUGCCACCCCUUCUUCUCCCGUCGGCGUGGUUGGCUGCCAUUGCUGUUUUAAAGACAUUUAGGCCAAAAAAGUGAUGACAUAGUAGUGACAUCAUAGUACAGCAGCCAUUUAGUGGGUCAUCCCAGCAGGCGAUAGAUUGACUACAAGGUUGCAUUAGCCCAAAGGACGACCAUAUGGCUUCCUGAUUCUGGUGCAAAGGAUACGGACAUGAUUACCAGACUCGUAUGGGCAUCAAACACCCAAACUUUCUGAAUGAUUGAUUGCACAAUAAAACAAUUGAGUUGUGCACAAGCGCACGCCUCGUUGCGUCACAUUUAAUCAUGCGUAUUCAUUCGCAAAAUUCCUGCGGCUUCAGGGUGUAAAUGAAGUUUGAUCGGCCAACGCCAGCGUACAUUAAUGAGUUAGAAUGCCGCAUGUGCCUUUAAGAGCUCUUUGUGCCACUCCACAUGCCUCUCUCGGAGCCUCGUGGGUGUUUCUUGGCAUCGACUCUCCUCCUGCUGAACCGGGCGAGGAUGUCCUUCACAUCAGAGGUAGAAGUAGACAAAGACAUGUCCAUGUUUCUUCUUUUUCUUCAUUACCUCACAAUGACGGAUGUUUGGACACAUUAUGGACUGUAAACAAUGACGGAACCAACGGAUCAGAUGAGAACUUCACUCAGUCAGAAGAACUUGAGGAGAGUGAGCCGCACAGAAGACAGCAGUCCCUAUCCCAUUCCUGGACUUGCCACGGACUUUCUCCACAUGAGAGUGAAAGAAGGAAGCAAGAUCCGCAAUUUACUGCGCUUCGCAACAGCUCGCAUGCAAGACCAAGGCAAAAACAGCGAGACAUCGCUGAGACAGGUCGUCUUCACCGGUUCGGACAGAGGAGUCACUAAGACCAUCACUUGUGUGGAGAUCCUCAAACGCAAAGUGGCAGGACUCCACCAGGUCUCCAAGCUCUACUACAAGACAGUGAAUGAGGUUUGGGAAGAUGACGGAGACGGAGACGGAGACGCGGGUGGAAGCAGGCAGAGGACAGUCCCUGCCAUCUGUAUCCUGCUGUCCAAAGACCCUCUCGACGCUCAGGAGCCCGGAUACCAACCUCCACAUACCGCGAUCACAGAGGACACGGACACAUGUGAAGGCGUGACCCGGACGCCGCAUGGGCCACCCUCGGCUAAGCGAAUACGUAUGGAAGACUGGAGUCAAAGUGUGCCUCCGUUGACAAAUCCAUUUCAGGGUGGCCUAGUCGGCUUACCAGGACAAAAACAUGGCGAGAGAAAGAGGCGGUUCAACUAGCAACCAGCCGGUCCGCUCUAGACAGAGAAGAACCUGUUUUUGAUGUAGGUCCUUAAAAACCGCAGAGAAGAAGACUACUACCCCCAUCCAGAUAGAGAAGCUGCUCCUUAUGCAUCCAUUUCUGUACCGCUGGUCAUCGUUAGGGUCCCGGGUAAGCUGGAGCCUAUCCUCGCUGACGGUCAGAGGCGGGGUACACCUGGACUGGACGCCCAUCGCAGGGAACAUGUACUCCGUAUAUGGACCAGCAACCACUCACGUUCACUUUAAGACCAAUGGACAAUUCAGAGAAGCACCAAACUACACGCAGAACAGAAAGGACAUAAUAAGUAAAUUAGGAAUAUGUAAAAAGUAUGUGCUUUUUAACAUUGGUACACUAUUAUCUGUAUGUAUUACUAUUACUAUUACUAUUACUAUUAAAGUGGAAUCCUAUGCCAAAUAUCACACCAACUAGCACAAUAUUAAUUAGAACCAAUAAUAUUAAUAGAUUAGACAUAUUAUAUAGUAUGGGCUGCACGGUGGACAAGUGGUUAGAACGGAGGCCACAGCUAGGGGUUCAAUUCCACCCUAGGACAUCUCUGUGUGGAGUUUGCAUGUUU